AUCUGUGAACCGUGGCGUGCUUACGAACUAUAGUCGCUCUUUUUAUUACUAGAGAAAACAUAUUACUUUGUGCAUAGACAUUUAGAUUACGAUUGUAACAGUACCGGUCUGUGUAUAUCAUUUGGCGUAAACUUUCGCCCACAAUUCGUUUAGUUUGCAAAAUAUAAGGUGAUACCGACUUCAUGAAAGGAUAUUUAAGUCUACAGCAGAAGGAAUAGUUGCAAAAGACAGUGAAGGAUUGCUGAAGCGAAAGGAUUAGGAGUUGUUUAACUUGGAAUAGCUGAGACAACUAAACGCACAACGGUGAAACUGAAGUAUUAUUGGAUUAUAAGCAGAUUGGAAUAUAUAGCAUGCUGCCGGUUUGAACUUCUGAUACGAUGGGGGUUUUAUCGGCAAGUGUUCUUCUGGUGGUGGUUUUAAAUGUGCAUCAUGUUAUAGCACAAAAUGGCUGUGACAGUGAUCCUUGUCAGAAUGGGGGUACCUGCAUCCUUCUCACUGGUACCUCUGGUUAUGCUUGCCUCUGUGCCGCCGGCUUCCAGGGAACAAACUGCGAACAGCAAACGGGUGCUUGCGCAAGCUCACCUUGCCAAAAUGGUGGUUCUUGUGUAAAUGGCGUGAGCCCCAGCGGGAACGAUAUUUAUAGUUGUGAUUGCCCCGCGGACUACACAGGCUUCAACUGUCAAACAUUUUUCCCCCAGAAUCCGUGUCAGGAUGCACCUUGUAAAAAUGGCGGAACCUGCACGGAACACAUUGGGACAUACACCUGCGCAUGCGCAGGUGGGUGGUCUGGAGUCACUUGUGAAGAAGGAGAUCCGUGUUUGAGUGGCCCUUGUCGGAACGAAGGCGUAUGCACUGGUUUUAGCGAGCCCACGCUUUACAUAUGCGGCUGCAUCGACGGAUAUCAUGGCUACAACUGCCAACUUGGUCAGUGUAAUUCCGACCCCUGUCAAAAUGGAGGAGUUUGCUCGGAUGCGGAUGGUGGGGCGUCUUAUCAGUGCACAUGCGCAGACGGUUGGUUAGGCUCGGAGUGUACCAUUGUGGACCCUUGUGUGAGCUCACCGUGUGGUUCCAAUGGAGCCUGUAUCUCAUUUGAGAACAAUUAUGUUUGUAACUGUGAUCUCGGCUGGGACGGUAUGCAGUGUCAAGAACCCAACCCGUGUGAGACUAUUCCCUGUUCUGAGAACAGCACAUGUCAGAACAACGACACUAAUUACUCCUGCGAGUGUUUUUCUGGUUGGGUCGGUGACCGUUGUUUUGAUGUGGAUCCGUGUGGCAGCAACCCCUGCCAAAGCUCUGGCGUCUGCACCGGAAGCGUCGGCAGCUUCGAGUGCGCAUGUCCCAAUGACUUUGUUGGAGAUACCUGCGAGAUUGAGGACCCAUGUCUAUCAUCUCCCUGUCUAAACAACGCCCUCGGAUGUACUGGUUUUCCGAGUAGCUAUGCAUGUGAUUGUUCAGACGGCUAUGGCGGUGUCAGCUGCGAAUCAGUGAUUGACUACUGUCUAGUGAACGACCCGUGUGCUAAUGGAGCGACUUGUACGAACGACGCGGCGCAGAAUUUCAUGUGUGCCUGUAGCGAAGAGUGGGUUGGGGACAGAUGCGACGAAGUGAAUACGUGUAAGGACCAGCCUUGUAUGAACGGAGCAACAUGUCAAGUAGAUGGUUUAAACUUCACAUGUUCUUGCGCCGCUGGCUACUUGGGAGACAACUGCGAAUUAGAAAACCCUUGCGUUCUCAACGACCCUUGCCAAAAUGGAGCGUGUAAUUACGUCCAGGAUAGUAACUACACAUGCUCGUGUUCCGACGGGUGGAGGGGCUAUGACUGUGACAUAGUUGACCUGUGCUUUAAUACACAAUGUCUGAACGGGGCCACGUGUAUCUACGUAGGAGAUUCAGAUUUCAGGUGUGAAUGUCCAGUCGGAUGGUUAGGCGACCUAUGUCAACAAGAUGAUGAGUGUCUACCCAACCCUUGCCAGAACCUUGGUGACUGCACAAACAUUGGUCUGACUGAUUUUAAUUGCACGUGCGACUCCGCCUGGACUGGUGAUCUUUGUGAGAUAGAAAAUUCAUGUCUAAGUGACCCAUGUGAGAACGGUGCAGCAUGCACCCUAACUAACCCCGGAUAUGAAUGUACUUGUACAGAUGGCUGGCUGGGUAUUAACUGUAACAUAGUGAAUGCUUGUUCCAGUUCUCCGUGUGCCAACCAGGGUACAUGUACCACGUAUCUCGACGAUGAGCUGAACGGCCAAUCGACCUACAACUGUUCCUGUCUUGCCAAUUUUACCGGCAUUAACUGUGAGAGAGGUGAUGAUUGCUUUCUGGAACCGUGUCUGAAUGGCGGCACCUGCACGCUACUCACCCCCAUAGGGCACGACUGCGAAUGUGUACUUGGAUUCAUCGGGGACCAAUGUGAAAUUGAGGACUUCUGCUUCAGCGACCCCUGUCUGAAUGGAGCUACAUGUAAUCUGGAGCCGAGUGGUACCGGUUACACCUGUAAUUGCCCAGCGGAAUUUACUGGAACUUUUUGCGGCAUAGAUGACUAUUGCUACAGCGAUCCGUGUCAAAAUGGCGCAACUUGUAACCUGCUUCAAGACGGUUAUACAUGCACCUGUCCCGAUGGGUACCUAGGCAAACACUGUGAAAAUAUCGAUGCCUGUUACGCCGGACCGUGCUUCAAUGGAGCUACGUGUACCACACUUGAAAAUGACAUCAUAAACGGAACUACAAAUUACACCUGUACUUGUGUGCCAGGAUUCACAGAGUACGAUUGUGACAGAGUUGAUGAGUGCUUCACAACACCUUGUCAAAAUGGAGGAGGCUGUUCACUGCUCCCGGGAUCUGGAUAUCAAUGCGACUGCCCUGAUCCAUAUAUAGGUGAAAAUUGUGAAAUAGAGGAUUUCUGCUUCAGCGAUCCGUGUCUGAAUGGUGCUACUUGCACAUUGCUAAAUAAUGGAGGUGGAUACGAAUGUCAGUGCGCUGUGCAAUACGUAGGAACAAACUGCGAACUUUUUGACUAUUGUUUGAGUGAUCCCUGUCGAAAUGGAGCAACCUGUGAGCUGGAUUUAAGUGGAAAUGGAUUUACUUGCGAUUGUGUACCAAGCUUCAUUGGAGAUUUCUGCGAAAUAGAGGACUUUUGCUUCAGUGAUCCUUGCCAAAAUGGCGCUACCUGUGACCUCUCAUCGAAUGGUGGUGGAUAUAACUGCACAUGUCCCCCAGACUACUUUGGAAUUCAUUGUGAAAAUUUUGAUUAUUGCUAUAGCGAGCCAUGUCUGAACAACGCUACGUGUAACCUCCAAGACAUUAUCAACUACGAGUGUAUCUGCACGGACGAAUUUGUUGGCCGAAACUGUGGACAAGAUAACUAUUGCUACAGUGACCCCUGUCUAAAUGGAGGGACAUGCCUACUUGAAGCUAACGGGUACCAAUGUGAAUGUCCUCCAGUCUUCCUGGGAGACUACUGUGAAAUAGAGGAUUUCUGCUUUGAUAUGCCUUGUGUAAACAACGCUUCCUGUCAACUCACGCCAACGGGCUACGAAUGUAAUUGUACCAUUGGUUUCACCGGCCAGCAGUGUGGUCUUGUGGACCACUGUUUGAGCGAGCCAUGCCAGAACAAUGCUACCUGCCAACUCGGAGAAAACGGGUAUCUUUGUGGUUGUCUACCGGGCUACAUCGGAACACAUUGUGAAUUUGUCAACUACUGCUUGAACAAUCCCUGUCUCAAUGGGGCCACCUGUCAGCUCGGCAGUGACACGUUCCUGUGCGUUUGUCAGACUGGGUUUUUGGGCGACCGCUGUGAAAUAGAGAAUUUCUGUUAUUCUCAACCGUGUAUUAACGGUGGAUCAUGUACGCUGGGAAAUAGCGGAUAUAACUGUAGCUGCGUGUGGCCUUGGAUCGGUGAUAACUGUGAUAUACCUGUUCCAUGCAAUAGUAACCCUUGUCAGAAUGAAGGGACCUGUGUACCUAGCGGAGGGGAGUUUACCUGUGACUGCAGGCCUGGCUUUACCGGGGAUGACUGCUCAAUAGGAUUUUACGAUCCCUGUCUGAGUUCUCCUUGCAUGUAUGAUGGAACCUGCAUGCUAGUCGGUCAGAACACAGCAUAUCAGUGUGUCUGUGCUUCAGGCUGGACGGGGUAUCACUGUGAGACGCCGUAUGUGUUUGAUGCAUGCGAUAGUUUCCCUUGUGUAAAUGGAGGUGAUUGCACAAAUUAUGUAUCUUUCUACGUGUGUACAUGUUCGGAAUCGUACUAUGGAGUCAACUGUGAAAAUCUGAGUCCAUGCUGGACUACCCCUUGCUUCAAUGGAGCUGCUUGUAACACCGUCUUUGAUCAGCUUGGGCAACCCAACUUUCAGUGCGACUGCACCACCGGACUUCUUGGACCCACCUGUAACAUCGUGGAUCCGUGUUUCAAUGACCCAUGUCAGUCGGGAGGUACAUGCAUCAUUAACAUCAGCAAUGAUGACGUCUAUUCUCACACAUGUAAUUGCCCCACCUAUUAUGAAGGCAGUAACUGUGAAACCUACACGUUCGACCCUUGUGAUAGCAACCCCUGCUACAAUGGAGGAACAUGUAGCAAUCUAGGCACCCAUGAUAGGUACAUCUGCCAGUGUGGUCCGGGUUUAGAAGGCGACCGCUGUCUGACUGUUUCUAACCCUUGCAUGAGCUCACCCUGUAACAAUGGCGGGGCAUGUACCAAUUUUGCAGCCUACUUCACGUGUACUUGUCAACCCGGAUUCAGCGGUGAUACUUGCAAUAUUGGUGCUAAUCCUUGUAGCAGCAUACCAUGUUUGAACGGAGGGGCUUGUAACAGGGUGACUGGAGAAUACGAAUAUACCUGCACCUGCCCGACUGGCUACAUCGGAGAUCGCUGCGAAUUCCUACUCGACCCUUGCUUUGAAAAUCCCUGUGAGAACGGAGGAGUCUGUAUUGGGAGUGGUACAUCCUACACCUAUCAGUGCAACUGUCCGACAGGAUACGAUGGAAACAUUUGCCAAAUAAGACUGGACCCCUGUGAUGCAGAUUACUGCCAGAAUGGUGCUACCUGUGUGAGCCUCACCACAGGAUUCGGGUAUGCCUGCAGUUGUGUAGAGGGAUACGGAGGUGUUCAUUGUGACAUAGAGCUUGAUCCGUGUGAUAGCAUACCGUGUCAGUCUGGUGGAACCUGCUACCGCUCACCAAACGAUUAUAGCUACUUCUGCCAAUGUGCCUUGGGCUAUGCAGGCACUAACUGCGAAACACGAUUGAAUGCUUGUGCGAGCAUCCCAUGCCAGAACCAGGGAAUCUGUUCGGAUAGUCAAUCCACCUAUGCUUAUACCUGUGUCUGCAGGGAAGGAUUUUCAGGGACCCGCUGUGAAACAGAGUUGGAUCCGUGCGGCAGCUCACCGUGUGCGAAUGGGGGAGCCUGUUUCAGGGCUAACACUGGCUUCCAGUACGUUUGCAACUGCCCUAGUAGCUAUGAAGGAACCAAUUGCGAACAAGCUGUGCCAUGUAAUAGUAAUCCAUGUCUGAACAAUGCCCAGUGCGUGGAAACUCAGGGAGGAGGCUCAUUCGUUUGCAUUUGUCCAAAUGACAGAUUUGUUGGCGUCUACUGCGAGACAGAAUUGGAUCCAUGUGAUAGCAAUCCUUGCGGGAACGGAGGAACAUGCUUUCCUUUCGAUACGAGUAAUAGAUAUGUCUGUAGCUGCCCCGCGGGCUUCACUGGGGAGUUCUGUGAAUUAACUCCCUGUUCGUCUGAGCCAUGUCUGAACAACGGUCUUUGUACAGUAUUGGGUUCAACUUAUACCUGUCAGUGUAAUUUUGGUUUUAAAGGCCAGAAUUGCGAACAAAUUGAUCCGUGUGCAAACAGCCCAUGUAUGAACGGUGGAAUGUGUAGUGACCUCGGGUCAGGCGCCUACCAGUGUAACUGUAUUGGAGGCUAUUCAGGAUCCAGCUGUCAGCUACCGCCAGGAGCCUGUCUCAGUAAUCCCUGUGUCAGGGGAGAGUGCCUCUCACUUCAAGUGGGUUAUUUCUGUAAUUGCCCAGAUGGAUACAGCGGACAAGAAUGUCAAAUUGCAAAUGAUGCAUGCUCUCCGGAUCCUUGUCUCAAUGGAGCACCCUGUGUAAACCAAGUGACCGACUACACGUGUGUCUGUCAAGAUGGAUAUAUAGGGGUGAACUGUGAACAAGUUACUGCCUGUGCGACCAACCCGUGUAAGAAUGGAGCACCAUGUUCUUCAUCUGGAUCUGGCUAUACAUGCGAGUGUACUGAUGCCUUCAUUGGACCAACUUGCGAAAUUGCCAAUCCUUGCUACACAUCGCCAUGUCGAAAUGGAGCUACAUGUCUUGUAAGCGGCUUUAACUAUGUGUGUAGCUGUCCGUCCGUGUGGAUGGGAUCGACGUGCUCUACAUAUAACCCUUGUGGCUCAUCGCCCUGCGUCAAUGGUGGCGCCUGCUUCAACAAUGGUGGCACCUUCCAGUGUACAUGUCCCAACGGCUGGACCGGAAGUACCUGCUCACAAGCUGCACCAUGUUGGUCGUCCCCAUGUCAAAAUGGUGGUGCAUGUUUAACAGUCGACGAUCAAUACAGCUGUGAUUGCCCUAGUGAUCAUACCGGAAACAACUGUGAAACAUAUAAUCCCUGUUGGUCAUCCCCGUGCUACAAUGCAGCUACCUGCAUUAACCAAGCCAAUACUUUCCGUUGUGUGUGUGCAGCGGGCUUCGCCGGAACUAAUUGCUUGCAAUUGAUCAACCCAUGUUUGGUCUCUGAUCCCUGCCGUAAUGGAGGUACCUGUAGCGUGCUGGCAGGGGGUGCGUACGAAUGCACCUGUCCAUCGGGUUACCUCGGGUUCAACUGCGAGAUAGGAUUACCAUGUGCCAGUAACCCGUGUCUUAAUGGGGCAGCAUGUUUGGUGAAUUCUGCUUUGGAGUAUACCUGCCAGUGCAUAGAUGGGUAUUCAGGUACAAGGUGUGAGCAAGACAUUGACCCUUGUGAUCCGGAUCCGUGUCGAAAUGGAGCACCUUGCACGAUUCUUAGUGUGACCUCCUACAGCUGUGAAUGCCCUGAAGGUUAUAUUGGGGUCAAUUGUGAUUUUGACGACAUGAACCCAUGCACGCCAAACCUCUGCCUCAACAACGGGCAGUGUACACCAGGAUUCGGCGAUGCCUACACAUGCCAGUGUCCUGCUGGAUAUAGUGGACCUAACUGUGAACUAAGUGAGUGUGAACCAAAUCCCUGCUUGAAUGGCGGGUCCUGUUCUGUUGGUGUAAACGGAGCCCAAUGUACAUGUACUACUGGAUGGAAGGGAGAUACCUGCAAUCUGUACGACUGUGUUGCCGCUGCUCCCUGCCUCAAUGGAGGAACAUGUAACGAAGUUGGAUCAGCAUACUACUGUUUCUGUCCCAUCGACUAUCAUGGUGCUAACUGUCAAUUAGACACGCCAUGGGGUACAGACAUGAACGUAGCUUCGGACAAUCCUCAAGUCGUGAAGUCUCCCAACUACCCCGCUUCCUAUCCAUCAAACCUCCAAGUCACCUGGACCGUCACUGCCAGCGAAGGUGAGCUCAUCCAGGGCGUCAUUUCCUCCUUCGAUCUGGUAGCUCCCAACGACUACCUGGACGUCUACGACACCAACGGGCAGACAGUGAGAAGGAGGCGGGCGACCCCAGAGGGCGCUACACUGCUUCUUCACCUGACCGGACCGGAAGCAAGCCUUACCAACACCACGUUUGUGUCAUCGAGUAACGCAGUGACGUUGGUUUUCGUCAGCGAUGCCGAAGACGAGGCGUCUGGAUUUUCCUUGGUGUUUACAGCGAUGAAUAAUCUAGAUUCAUGUUAUGCGGAUCCUUGCGUUAAUGGAGGCACAUGUACUGUGGUUAAUGCCGACACGUACAGAUGCGACUGUCCAGAAGGAUUUGUCGGAGAAAAUUGUGAAUAUGCUGACUGCACACAGAGUGGAUGUUAUCAUGGAGGUAUAUGUAACACGAGGGAGUUGGGGGAUCCUGAGUGUCUUUGUGCUGUGGGAUACACAGGUGUUAUGUGCCAGACCGAGAUUGACGAAUGUGCAAGCAACCCCUGUCAAAAUGGAGGUACAUGCGAGAAUUACGUCGCCAUAUACAGAUGUAUCUGCUCGGCCAAUUACACUGGCCAGCAAUGCGAAAAUCGUAUUCUUGGUGCCACGCAAGCACCAGUAACGGGUGGCGUUCAAAUGGAGACAUGGUUGAUCGUCAUCAUCGUCCUCGCGAUCGUCAUCCUUCUCGUGAUCAGCGUCCUGAUCACGGGUCUCUUCUGCAUGCGUCGCUCGAAGUCGCCAAAACUCUCCGACCGCGAAAACUGGGAAAUGAAGAAUGGCGCCCUCAUCACGCCAAUGGUCGCCCGACCAACGACGCGACAGAACGGACGCGCGCGGGUGCACGAUGAAAGCAUUUCGCCGCCACCAGUAUACGCAGCGGUCACGCCGCGCAUGAAACGUCUACAAGCGUCACGAGCGCUCGCCGCGGCUGACGGCGCGUCGCCAAUUCCUCGCCAGGGCGAUUCUACAGCGGCACGCGCGGGAUCGCGGGCGAUUCAUUACCAACACCAUAGCUACCGGGAGAAUGGAAACGUCCCGAACGGGCAAGUUACCACAAGCACACCCCAGAGGGCCGUGCCUGGGGGCUCAGGCACCCGGCAUAGUCGCUCCUACAGUCUCGAAGGGGCGCAGAACUCUGGUUAUUUUGAGGACGAUCCUGAUUAUUCUCCAACUCGAAUUGAGCAAAGCAUGGCGGAAGGCGAUGACUAUAGUAUUUCAAGCGCCGAACUCGAACAAUAUAUGGUCAGCAUGGCAAUGAAUAAUACAAGUAACCCUAGCAAUGAGCCGAACUGAGUGAUGGCCGGAGUGACUUCAAGAGAAUAUACAUGUAUACUCGUUGUCAAAAUUGAAAAACGUGCAUUUGUAACUGAUGCGGGCAAUCAAUUACAAUUGUUUCAUAUUUGAGAGGAGUAUAUAUAUAUAUAUAUAUUAAAGUCAAAUAAGUCAUGCAGUUUUACUCUAGCUUUGUUUGACUGGAAAUAGUUUAGCAUGAUCAUUUCUAUUUCCAAGUUAAAAAUAGUGAGUUGUUAUGCAUCAAUAUAUAUAUCACCUUGAGUAAUUGACCUUGAAACUGUUAUUUUAAACUUGAUUAUGCAGCAUUUAGUUGACUUGAAGUUAAAGAAUGAAGUGGUACCGCACUUGACGCCUUUUUUUAAAGCUAUUUUUUUGAUUGAUUUUAGAUAUUUCUAUUCAUGUAUGUAAAAGAGUAAUUUGAAGUUUGUAUAUUUUUCAUGUAAGUUUUAUACAAUUUAUUAUGCAAUUCUGAUGUACAUACCAAGAACAUAUGUGACAAAUUAUGAAGAUCUUCCUAUUGGCCUAUUAGAGCAAAUGUCAAGACCGAUUGAAUACAUGUCAAAUUGUAUAUCAGUCUUCUUGAAAUCUAUUGAAGUUGAAAGAACAAAAGAAAAAAACAAUUUGUGCAAACAGUAAUUUCGAUUUGAUUGCAACCCCAAAAUAUGCUGAACAAAUUAUAUCGGUGACAAUGAAGGAACAAAAGAGAUACUUUAAUUCAUUUUUGAUGGGUGUACUUAUUAUGAGCAGUUUCAUUAUUGUUGUGUUCAUGUACAUGUAAAUUCAUUUAUGGUAUGAAAUUUGAGUACAGAGACCCAAGUUAUUCGUCUUUCUAUGUUUUUGUAUGCAUUUUUAGAUUAGGUGAUUGGCGGCGUAUUAAUUGGUUCGAGUAUUAAUUAAAGGUGCUACGUAAAGCACCAUCUAUGUUGAGAAAAUGAAAUUGCAAUUGUUUUAAUGAAUGCUUGCCAGUAUUUUGUCUGAGGUUUGCCUUUUACUUUCAAGCACUAAAUUCUAAUCACCUGAUGUUUCUUGCAAAAGCCUAAACUGGCUCAAGUAGUUUUUUAAUUGAAAUUCUUUAUAAUGUUUUUUUUUUCCGGGGAAAAGGAUGAACCCGUUUUGAGAUAGUUUUAAGAUCUUUUUGACAUCUGUCUUUUGUUACAAAUUUAAUUCUGAAAAUUUCAUUUGGAAUUUUUAAUCCUAUGUUCAUAGUUGUGUUAGUUUUAUAUCUAAGAUGAAGUUUUGGCAGUUAACUUCAAUAAUUAUGCAUUCGACGUAAGCCCUCCAUAUAUGGCAAACUAGCCAUGCUAGUGGCGUGAGAGCUUCUAUUUUAAGGUCAUAUGGAGUCAGGGCAUAUUCCAACGAAGACACUGCAAAUUCUUUAAAAGGUUAUUGCCCCAUUUCACUGGUGAAACUGAGAAUUGGAAGUGACUUACACAAGUGUACUAUUGUUAUAGGAGAGGGGAUAAUAUGAUUGUUAUUCUGGUUUAAAUGAAGUGAACGAUAGUCUAUGUGUGUUGACAACAGUGGUUUUUAAGAAAUUAGAUAUGAACAUGGUAUUAAUACAAUAAUACACAUUUAGAUCAUUCGUUAACAGUUGUGUUAAGCAAAAAUGAAAAAUUCAAUUUUAAACAUGCAUUUAAUGAAAUAUAAGUCGAAAUGUAAGAUCACUCUUUCUUUUAUUCCCACUUCCGAUUUACAGAAUUUAAUGAUUGUAUUAAAUUAAAAAUAUGAACUUGCAUGUAUACGAACAAUUUCAAGCUGCGCAAAACAGCAAAAUGUCUUCCCGAACAUAAUAACAGAAGUGUACAACAAUUUGUUUACAUUGUAUGCGCAUUUAUUUAGAAUAUCAAACGAUGAUAUUAGUUUUUGUAGGUUUUUUUAAUGAUUUUUCUUUAAUACGCAUUUAAAUAUUACA